AUGGCCAAUAGCAUUUGUAGCGACGAUGCUUAUCAACCCCAGACGGGUCGCACAUGGGACGAAGAUUCACAGUAUGCCCCCACUCCUGGUUACUUCGGUCGUACGCCAUCCGUAUUCUCUCCUAGCCCUACCCUGGUUCGUGCGACCGAUCCGGUCCAAUCAGACCAGCUUGGCUUUCUCCCGCUUGACGAAUGGGAUGAAGAUGUCGACUAUGAUGAGCCAUCUCCAGAAUAUAUCCGCUACACGAUUGCUUGGAAGCUUAUGCUUAACCGUAAGAAGGUAGGCAGCGUGUCCGAAAAAGGGUUAGUCAUAGCUCCUCAGGAUUACUGGGCCAAGGCUUUGAAACCAGCGGUUGAAGAAAUGCUGCAAAUGAAAAAGAAAAAUGGCCAGCGAGUUCGAUCUGAAGGUACGGCUGUCACUGUUAAAGCAGGCGACCGGUCUCAGCAAAAUCUGGAACUAUUUUGUGCAGCUACCAUUGACUGGAAGUCGGUGGAAAAGCAGUUACGUAAAUGGAGCAAUUUAGUCCGGAUGGGCAAACAACUUACAAUUGAUAUUGUGUUUCACUACAGGGGCGAUGAUGAAGUGCCGCAGAAAGUCGAAAAAAGGGGCCGUGUGUCAGCAACUAGCAGAAUGUUGGCAGAGCGUAAGAGACGGAUUGAUAUUGAAGAAGAUAUGAAUGAACGACCUGCAACUUGGGAUCUUGUUUAUGACUUGAUGAGGUGUGAUGUCCGGUCAUGCCCACACAAGUGCGGUUGGUGCUGGGAGGACCCUACGGAUAAGAAACACUAUAAGCUACGGGCCCCACAUCUAGAACGUCUGAUUGACUUUGUUGACGGUGGUGGCUGCCUAGACACCCAUGAUGACGUCUCUAAUGAUAUUCGUCGGGACCUCGUUCUGGAGAGUCAGAAAGGAAGGAAAUCAACCAAGACUAACGUGGUGACAAACGGACCAUCAUAUCCCCCGACCAUCAUUAAUGUUCUACCGGCACAAAACGGCAGUACCCCCCUAGUCAGUUCCUCUCUACACAAGGCUUCAUCUGAUGAGCACGUCAUUAUUCCUGGGCCUCGUGAAGUGGCUGUGAGGGAAUACUGCGAAUGGUUAGAAUCACGCGCCACCGACGAGGCGUACAAAGCUGGUUUCCGGAAAAUCACCUAG